AUGGCUACCCCAAGUGUCCUUACCUUUGAUGCUGAGGGUCGUGCUGUUGACUUUGAGGUCUGGGUCGAUGACCUCCAGCUGUUCCUCCAGUGCGAUAGGGCAAAUGGACUCUCUUUGUUCGAUCUCACCUCUGGUGUCUCUCCUACCCCACCUGCUACUGCUGACAGCACUGUUCGCUCACAGUGGGCCACACACGAUGCUGCUGCCCGCCUUGCUGUGCGUCGCCACUUACCGCCCACUGAGCGUGCGCACUUUAGCCAGUACAAGAGUGCUCAGACCUUGGACCACUUCCUCUCAGUUUGCCCCACCACACUCACCGUUGACCUCCUCGAGGAGCGCCUCCUAGCAGCAGAGAAGAGCAUAGUCGCUGUAGGAGCCUCUCGUGGUGACCCUCGCACCCCCGUCUUUGAGGGGUGUUCCCCCUCCCCCCUCUUGCCCUCUGUUGCCUCUGCUGCUGCGGCCAACCUCGUUGGUUUCGAGUCGGUCGGCGCUGCGUCUGCCAAUAGUGGGAGACGCCGCACCGGCAAGGGCAAGGGGGGCAAGGGCGCUGGAGGGGCUGGUGGGGGUGGUGGAGGUGGUGGUGGAGGCAGUGGAGGAGGUGGGGGUGGUAGUGGGAGUGGUGGCGGGGGUGGAGGUGUCGGUGGCAGCAGUGGAGGCGGUGGAGGCGGCGGUGGUGGCGGAGGGAGCGGAGGCAGCGGAGGUGGCGGAGGCGGCGGAGGUGGCGGAGGCGCCGGAGGUGGCGGAGACGGCGGCGGGGGCGGUGGAGCUGGUCGCGGCUCUACGCAGAGGAGUGGCUCCGGUGGUGGUCCGCGCCAGCAGCAGCAGCGCGCUCGUGAGACCCCGUCCCCUCAGCAGCUUCGUGAGUGGGCUGGGGUUGCUAUCUUUGAUCUUGACUAUGAUGCUUUUCUUGCUGCCAUGUAUGCUGUGUCUACUAGUGAUGAGGGUGACUGUUACCUGUGUGUUCCGCCUGACCCGCGCAUUGAGGCUGCUGCUCUAGGUGCUGGUGAGGCUGCUGCUCUAGGUGCUAGUGCGUCUUCUGCCCCAGGUGCUGGUGAGUCUGCUCUCUCAGGUACCACGUCGGCUCAGGCCUUACACACCUUCACCCUUGACUCGGGUGCUUCCCGCUCUUUCUUUCGAGACCGCACCACGCUUACGCCGCUUAGUCGGCCGGUUGCGGUCUCCCUGGCGGACCCCUCUGGGGGUCGUGUCCUUGCUAGCUUCUCCACUGUCUUACCGUGCCUGGCAGCCCCCUCCGGCACCCUGUCAGGCCUCUACCUCCCCUCGUUCUCUACGAACUUGGUGUGUCCCAGGUAG